CUCAAGUCAAAUUUCAGAUUUGAUGUGUAGAUCACAAAGCAUGUGGAAAGUAUAUGACUGAAUUUCUUGAUAAUUCGUCCACACAAUCGGACAAUCACCUGUCUGAAUGGUGAACGGCGGUACCAGCGGCGAGGGGGACGUCACACACGGUGCAGCAGAACUUCUGAUUGUUCUGGCUGGUUCCUGAAUCUUGGUGGUCGAUUGGCGGGAAUUGGUGCAACUCGAAAGGCAUGUGGUUCACUCUUGCUUUGGCCUUGACCUUGCCAUCAAUGAGUAUUUCUGCAGACUGUACAUCCUCCAAGUGUAGUGGUACUGUUAACACGUCAGCUUCCCUUCAAUUUAUUGACAACCCCGACUUACACCCGUUUCGUCAACCUGGUCGGUACUUGUCCAUGGAUUGCUGUGCAGAUGGAUUCACGGACAUGGAGUGGUACUUCAGCCACAACAAGAGCAGUCCGUGGCAGCCUUGGCCGUGGACGUCGUGCGAGUGGUGUGCAGGAGGUGUGGACCCCUACCAUGAGCUGUGUGGGAGCAACCAGACUCUGAGCAUCAUCAGUACCAACACCGAUACUGACACGGGAUGGUACUUGUGCAAUGCGUCCAACUCCGACACACAACAAUAUAUACAGAGGAGGUUCCGCGUUGUGGUUGCAGACUGUGAUGACCUUGACGGCAACAUCCAAGUGUUCCAGCAACCUGGCCUCACCCAGAAAGCAGUCAUAGGCAGCAACUUGACCUUGACCUGUGGUGGAAACUUCGGAUGUCCAACAGCUGAUAAGGAUCGCCAUGCCAACUGGUCCCGUGUGUCCCCAGAUGGCAAGGCCCAUCCCCUUCUCCCUGAUGCAGAUAAACAUUACAGGAUUGUCUUCAGUCAUGGAGUUGAAGAUACAACAGUUAGCUCUAUACUGACAGUGAAAGGAGUGAGAAUGUCAGACUUCAAUCAGACUUAUAUCUGUCAUCUAUCAACAAACACCAGUGUACUCACAUGGAACCUGACAAUACACAAGCAGGAUGUCCAGGAGAAGUUGAAGUGGAUGGAGAUAGUCGUCAGUGUGGGGGUUGUGGGGGGUUUUGCUCUUCUUCUGGGGAUAGCAGUGGUUGUCUACUUGUGUUACAAGCCUCAGGUUCACUACAGAUUUCACAGAAUGCGUGGCCACCUGCUUGUCCGAGGUCCCAAUGAAGAGGAUUUCCACGACACUGCUGUUAUACAUGGUACUUCUGACAAGAUCGCUGACUUUGCCAAGGAGGAGAUUAUACGUCCUCUGCAGAAUGAAGGCUACGAUGUCUUCACCCAUGAAAGUCUUCCAGAUUCCGCAACUGUGAUCGAGCCGGUUGAUGCGAUCGAACGGUGUAUGAGUGUGAUUCUGGUCCUGAAUGCGGCCGAGAUGAGUAGGGAAGAAAUGAAACUACUUGUGAGUGUUGCAAUGGACUGCCACGGCACCCGAAUGGUGGUCAUUGAGAUGAAGGACAAACGAUCCACUGGAUCCUUGAGGGAAGAGGUUCUUGACAACUACCUCAACGACCUGCCCAAAGUUCUAAAAACAGUCCCGUGGUACGGAUCACGGAACAUGAGCAGGCGACAGAAGGACAACUUGUUGUACACCAUCAAGUCCUCCCUCCCUGAACCACGGGGAAGUGUUGAAGAAGGGCGCAAGAGUCGUGUCAACCCAAGACAGACAAGCAGUUCAAGCACUGCACGACUACUACCAGGAGGUGAUCAGUCUGUUUCUUCAGUUUCUGGAGCUGAUAUUGAAAUGAGAAAGUCAAACUCAGAACAUCCAGAUUUUGCGGAUGGUGAAGGUAAUGAUGAAGUGUUCAGUGUCGAUGUGCAGUCUAGACCUGUUUCAAAGUCAAGGCCAACAUUGCGUCGCUCCGAUCGUGUGUCAAGCAGUAGUCCGUUUGUGAAACAACUUUCAGACGAUAGUGGCUAUGCAAAGUCUCCAUGUUUUGGCUCAGAGCCGAACGAAUCAAGAAUUCCUUUUAAAGAUGCAUCACAUGACAACUCGGCAGUGGGAUCAGAUGGGGGCGUGUUUCAACCAGAGUAGUAUGAUGGAGACGAGGGGGCGAUGGCGAUGGUGAGAUCUGCAUAUACUGAUAUAUCCUGAAUCACAAGCACAAAUAAUGGUCACUUUUUUGGUUUACAGAUGCUCCGACUAUCCGAGUCAAUCUGUUUUUUUUGUUUUUUUCCUUUUUAGUUGCUCACUGGUUCUUGAUAAUUCUUAAAAAGUAUUGAUUAUCAGUUAUGUUUUCUGGCCUUUUUGUUAUUUUAUGAAAUAAGGCUUUUGUGCUUCCAUCUUUGUUCCGGUAUUCCCUUUGUUUUUCAACCAACAAAACCAACCAAUCCACACAAUAUGAUGCUAAAUGACAUGUUACAAAAGGCUAUGGUUUUAUUUUUUUUAAACCUUUCUCACAUUCACAUGAUAGUCAAAUAAUAUAAACCCUAGAUGAGAAAAAGACUUUCCAUGCCUUUGCAUGUGUUUGUGAUAAGCUCAGCAAACACCUGGUGUCAUCAGUAUUGAUAGUGAUUUAUUAACACAUACUUAUCAUAUGGUCGGAAUCGUACCAUGGACUCUGAAUUUAGCAGAAAUUUCUUAUGAUUCUGGAAAGGUUUUGUUGUUGUUAUUAGAUCAAUCUCCGUCUUUAUGCUGACCAUGCUCCUGUAGUGCCCAUCCUUGGUCUAGACAUUGUUACUGGUGACUGGCAAUCUCAUUAAAAUCAGAUCUUAGUUCUCGCUACCUCUAAACAAUAAACCCUCCAUCUUGAUUUGAAACCUCCUGUCUUUGUUCUGUAGUUCCCCUGGCUACAGAGAUAUAUAUGUAACUAAAGCAUUUAUCCAUGACAUAAGCUUAUGACAUAAAAACAUGUAUGUCAUACCCCAAUGACAUAA